AUGGCGGACGCUACCUCCACCCUCGUUAGCUGUGUUGUCUUCGGGCGACAGGACGAUGUCGAGUUACAAGAGGUGUUGUCGUUUCUUCGAGGUUUUAGCAUUCUCUAUGGCUCUGGUCUGGCGCUACAUAGCGAGAUUUGCUCGAGUACUGCAGAGUUGGAGGUGUUGUGUGCCCGUGAGCUUGCGAAGAAUCCGAAUCAAGUGAAUAAGCGCUCCAAUGAUCCCAAAAAUCAGCAAAGCGACCUUUUUGCACGCAUUACUAUUGACAAAAAGGAAUAUAUUGUGUUUGGAAAGUCGGCGCUGAUACAGUGGAUGAAGCAGCACCUGUUUGAAGCUCGAUACACCACAACGACUCUCGCUUCUGUUGCACAGGAAAAGCCACCGCUGCGGCUGUUUAUUAGUGGGGACCGAGCUCAAAUCGGCAAGUCGAUGGUGUGCCUUGGAUUAAUAGGUGCGCUAUUGCAACAUGGCUACCAAGCUGUUGACAUUGCAUACAUAAAGCCGGCCACACAGUGUGAAACGCCACAGCUGGUGACCAAGUUCUGUCGCCAGCAUGGCAUUUCAUGCUGUGAGGUGGGACCUAUUCUCUUUUACAAAGGUUUUACACGACAGUUUCUUAAAGGGGAGACAGAGACAUCGUCACAAUUGUUAGAAAAGGCCAAACAAAAGGUAGACGAAGUGGGCAUAGGCAAAAAGUUUGUGAUUGUGGAUGGAGUCGGUUACCCCGCUGUGGGAUCCAUAUGCGGUGUAUCGAAUGCAGAUGUAGCUCGAAAAUUGGCGGCUCCUGUGGUGCUUGUUGGUAAGAAAGGGGUGGGCGAUGCCAUUGACUCCUUUAAUCUAAACGCAUCAUUUUUUGAAAGUUAUGGCGUGAAAGUGCUGGGUGGUAUCUUUAACCGUUUGCCAAAUGACGGAUUUUAUAGUCUCGAGCUUUGUCAAGAGAAUGUGACGGCAUACUUUGAGCAGUAUCAACCUCAAAAACAUAUUUAUGGUUUCCUUCCGGAGCUGAAUAACGACAGGCAUGAUAAAGUCAAUGCUGAGAACACGCACGCGACUGAGCAGAUUGAAUCCAUCCCAGGCGUGUUUCUCUCUCAAGCUGAGGAUGAUCUCGCCAAGAAAUUCGUGGAUGCAUUUAUGGCUAAUAUUGACGUGACAAAAUUACUUGCAGAUACAAAAGCGAGUCAAUGA